CCUUCCUUCCUUUCUUUCUUUCUUCUCUCUCUGCACCAAACCAAAGUUAUUUCUGAGAUUCUUUCUGUGAAUUCAUCCCACAAUAUCACCAUUAAGUUUUCUUCUUCAAUUCAAGCUACUGAUUUCAGAUCCUCUGGCCAUUGAUCCGUUGUAGCAACAAUUCAUUGAAACGCUUCCUUUUUGGUGAUGGCAUCACCGACGUUUAUUUCGGAUCCAGUAACCAACAACAUGGAAAGAGCUCGUGAUUCAUCCAAGAGAAGAAAGAAGAAGAAAAUCCAAAGGCAAUCUGGCGGUGGUGGUAGAGAUCAGAUGAAUCACAACUUGAGUAACAAUCAGAUGUUGCCGUGGAAAUCCGAAGCUCAGCAACAAGUAUACAGCUCCAAACUCUUGCAAGCUCUCCGCCAGGUCCGGAUCAGCUCCGAUUCGUCUCCUCCAUCGGCUCCUCGCCGCGGACGUGCUGUUCGUGAAGCGGCCGAUCGAGUCCUCGCGGUCACGGCAAAAGGAGGGACUAGAUGGAGCCGUGCGAUCCUCACAAAUAAACUCAAGCUUAAAUUCAUGAAGAAUAAUAAAAGGCAGAGAGGGGCGGUUGUCACGGCGACAGGGAACAGCCGAUUAAAGAAGCCGCGAGUGAGUAUUUUAAGGCUGAAAACGAAGAAUUUACCGGCAGUGCAAAGGAAAACGCAUGUCCUGGGACGGUUAGUUCCUGGUUGCCGGAAACAACCAUUGCCGGUUGUAUUAGAAGAAGCGACUGAUUAUAUAGCCGCUCUUGAGAUGCAAGUGAAGGCCAUGGCUGCCCUGGCCAACCUUCUCUCCGGUGGCGGUGGUAUGAUUAGCCAGCCACCACCGAGCUUGUGAAAUCAAAACUCUUGCUUCUUUUUUUCUGAUUAUUAUUUUUCCGUCCAAGUAGGGCGCAUGCUACCGUCAAAAUUCAUUCUCUUUGUUUUUUCUUGUGUUUUUUUUGUAUUUCUGUUGAUGAUGAUUGUAAAAAACUGUCUUCCCAUGACGCUGUAGAGAAUAACACCCACCAAAUUAAAA